CACACUCAGGCCCCGAAAAAAGAAAAAUUAUUUUAAAAAUUUGGAAAAAAUAAUAAAACAACAGAUCGAGGAGAGAAAGACCGGGAAAGGUGCUGUGGGGGCUCCCACGGACAGUGAAGAUGUGCAGCAAUACAAUCGCCUCACGCCCAGCUACUGCUGUUGGCACUGGGUGAGAGAGGAGAAUCCACACACAAACUCUGCCCAGAGAAUAUACACCUGCAGAAACACACCUAAGGUUUGUAGAGCAGCCCUAAUUCAGCCCUAUCCAGCUGUACACUAAGCACGCUGCCUGGCUCCGGCCAGUGCCACUCCCACUGCUCCACCCAGCCAUCACCGAAGCAGAGCCUGGAAGGCAGGGGAGCCACAGCCGUUUUUUCAUGGCCCCGGCACCCUAGGGCUGCCAUGGCAGCUACUGCCACCGAUGCCCCACGCCAGAUUACCGCACUGAGCCCGGAGGACGAGGAAGAGGAACGACGAGCCGCCGUCAAGCUGUUUGGAGGCGCGCCGCGAUUGGAACGAGAGAGAGAGAGGGAAAGGGAAAGGGAACGAGAGAGGGAGAGACACAGAGAGAGGGAACGGGAGAGGGAGAGUGCGGGAAGAGCCAGCGGAAGCGUGUGUCCAGUGUGUGGGGCUCUCUUCAGUUCGCAGGACAAGCUCCGCCUCCACGCUUACUGCCACACAGGGGAGAAGCCCUUUCGCUGUUCCCAGCCACACUGCGUCAAGGCCUUCGUCUCCAAGUACAAGCUCUUCAGGCAUAUGGCCACACACUCCCCGCAGAAGACCCACCAGUGUUCAUUCUGUGAGAAGAUGUUCCACCGCAAGGACCACCUGAAGAACCACCUGCAGACCCACGACCCAAACAAGGAGGCCUUCAAGUGCGAGGAGUGCGGCAAGAAUUACAACACCAAGCUGGGCUACAAGCGCCACGUGGCCAUGCACGCGGCCACCAGCGGCGACCUCACCUGCAAGGUGUGCCUGCAGAGCUACGAGAGCACGCCCGUGCUGCUGGAGCACCUCAAGAGCCAUUCGGGGAAGUCCUCGGGCGGGGCCAAGGAGAAGAAGCACCCGUGCGACCACUGCGACCGCCGCUUCUACACGCGCAAGGACGUGCGCCGCCACAUGGUGGUGCACACCGGCCGCAAGGACUUCCUGUGCCAAUACUGCGCCCAGCGCUUCGGCCGCAAGGACCACCUGACCCGGCACGUGAAGAAGAGCCACUCGCAGGAGCUGCUGAAGAUCAAGACGGAGCCGCCGGACAUGCUGGGCCUGCUGGGGUCCGGCUCUCCGCCCUGCCCCGUCAAGGAGGAGCUCAGCCCAAUGAUGUGCAUGGGUCCCUCCAAGGACUCCCUGAUGGGGAAGCCCUUCCCUGGCGCUUUCCCCAUGGGCAUGUACAACCCCCACUUGCAGGCCAUGUCCAACUCCGGGGUGCCCCACCACUCCCUGGUGUCUGGGUCACUGUCCGCGGCCAUGGGCAUGGGAUGCCACAUGGAGUCCCCCUCCCCCCUCCAUCACCCCCACCCCCACCAUCACCACCACCACUCCCCCCCGCCCCUCCAGCAACCUCAGCAGCAGCAGCAGCACCAACACCAGCACCCCCAACCACCGCCCAAGUACCAGCUCGGAUCUACCUCAUACCUGCUGGAGAAGCCCCUGAAGGUGGAGAUGGAGAGUUUCCUGAUGGAUCUGCAGAGCGGCCUGCCCGUGCCGCCCCCGGUCGAGACCCACGGCGCCUCCCCACCCAAGGAGGGGCUGGAGCACCCCCAGGUCCUGCAGGAAGACCUCUGCGGGGAUCACCUCCUGUCCAAGAGCCCGGCCGUCAUUGCCGAGUCUCUGUGUGCUGCUAACAUGGACUUCUCCCACCUGCUGGGCUUCCUGCCGCUCAACCUGCCCCCCUACAACCCCCCAAUGAGCGCCAGCGGCCUGGUGAUGGGCUACUCCUCCUCCUCUUCCUCCUCAUCUUCUUCCCACACCGCCGAGCCCCACGCAGCGCCUCUUACCUCUUUGCAACCACAACCUCAGGAGCCCCAGGGCUCCAGCGGGGGCCUCAGCUUGGGGCCCCUGCACUCGCUCCCUCCAGUGUUCAGCACCAGCCUCAGCACGACCACCCUGCCUCGCUUCCAUCAGGCCUUCCAGUGAGGGCUACGCCCUGCUCUGAACCUGCCACCCAGGGUCCAGGGGUCAGGGGUCAGGGGUGAAAACACUUGAACACAUAGAAGCCUUAAUUAAAGCGCACAAAAGCUUUUGAUUGAGCCCGGAGGAAGCUAAAACCCUUUAUAUUAAAAAAGAAAGACUAUGAAGCUUUUGUUUAGGCUUGCAUUCUAUAAUUUAGCUGUUAUUUUGUUAACCCCCUU